AUGAGUCCUGGGAAUGCAACAGACGUCUCUGAGUUAUUCCUCCGUGGCUUCCCAAUCCAGCCAGAGUUUCAACGGCUCCUCUUCCUGCUAUUCAUCUCUAUGUACCUGCUGGCCUUUCUGGGGAACGCAACAAUCAUCUUCUUGAUCCGUUCUGAUUUACGGCUCCUCCAGGCUCCUAUGUAUUUCUUCCUCAGCCACCUUGCCUUUGCUGACUUGGUCUUCAUCUCCACCACCAUCCCCAAAGUGCUAGAAAACUUGUUGUCUCAGAAAAGGACCAUCUCCUAUCAUGGCUGCUUGGUCCAGAUGUUCUUUUUUAUGUGUUUUGGCAACUCAGACAGCUUCCUGUUGGCUUCCAUGGCCUACGACCGUUACGUGGCCAUCUGCUUCCCCCUGCGUUAUUCUGCCCUGAUGAGCCGUAAGCGUUGCCUCCUCCUUGCAACAGUGUCCUGGGUUAUCCCUAUUGCCCACUCUCUGCUUUAUACCAUUUUGAUGUCUCACAUGUCUUUCUGUGACUCUAGAGAGAUCCCACAUUUCUUCUGCGAUCUUCCUUCUGUGUUGGAGAUCUCUUGCUCAGACCGCAGUGUCAUAGAAAUGCUGAUUCCGACUGAAGGAGUGGUGGAGAUCCUGGGGCCGUUUGUGCUGAUCGUCAUCUCCUAUACGGGCAUUUUCUACACCAUCCUGAAGAUUCCAUCCAACUCUGGAAAGAAAAAGGCUUUCUCCACGUGUGGGUCCCACAUUGCUGUGGUUGUCUUGUUUUAUGGAUCUGUGACCUGGGUUUAUUACAAGCCACGUACCAACAGCACAGAUCCAAAAAAAACUGUGGCCGCUGUCAUGUUUACCAUGGUGACCCCUAUGCUGAAUCCCUUCAUCUACAGUCUCAGGAAUAGUGAAAUGAAAGCAGCCUUGAAGAGGAUCAUUGGGCACCAUUUUCAUUACUGUUGUUCCCUCUGGGAUGCUCCGACAGCUGGGCUGAGGUCGUCUUUCUCUCUGCACGCAUGUCCUCCUCUGCAUACAACCGUCCGAUUUAGCCUAAUGAGUCCUGGGAAUGCAACAGACUUCUCUGAGUUAUUCCUCCAUGGCUUCCCAAUCCAGCCAGAGUUUCAAGGGCUCCUCUUCCUGCUAUUCCUCUCCAUGUACCUGCUGGCCUUUCUGGGGAACGCAACAAUCGUCUUCUUGAUCCGUUCUGAUUCACGGCUCCUCCACACUCCUAUGUAUUUCUUCCUCAGCCACCUUGCCUUAGCUGACUUGGGCUUCACCUCCACCACCAUCCCCAAAGUGCUAGAAAACUUGUUGUCUCACAAGAAGACCAUCUCCUAUCAUGGCUGCCUGGUCCAGAUGUACUUUUAUGUGUGUUUUGGCAAUUCAGACAGCUUCCUGUUGGCUUCCAUGGCCUACGACCGUUAUGUGGCCAUCUGCUUCCCCCUGCGUUAUUCUGCCCUGAUGAGCCGUAAGCGUUGCCUCCUCCUUGCAACAGUGUCCUGGGUUAUCCCUAUUGUCCACUCUCUGCUUUAUACCAUUUUGAUGUCUCACAUGUCUUUCUGUGACUCUAGAGAGAUCCCACAUUUCUUCUGCGAUCUUUACCCUAUGUUGGAGAUCUCUUGCUCAGACCGCAGUGUCAUAGAAAUGCUGAUUCUGACUGAAGGGUCGGUGGAGGUCCUGGGGCCGUUUUUGCUGAUCGUCAUCUCCUAUAUGGGCAUUUUCUACACCAUCCUGAAGAUUCCAUCCAACUCUGGAAAGAAAAAGGCUUUCUCCACGUGUGGGUCCCACAUUGCUGUGGUUGUCUUGUUUUAUGGCACUGUGAGCUGGAUUUAUUUCAAGCCACGUUCCAACAACUCGGAUCGCAAGGACACUGUGGCCGCUGUCAUGUAUACCAUGGUGACCCCUAUGCUGAAUCCCUUCAUCUACAGUCUCAGGAAUAGUGAAAUGAAAGCAGCCUUGACGAGGAUGCUCCUGGAAAAAAAAAUCUGUGUUUUCACAAGCCAAAUGGUCUAAAAUUGUCACUGCAUUAGAAAUUAAAGAUACCAAAACCUUUUGGUCACUCCUUUCAAUAAAAGCUACCACUCACUUUCCUAAUAUAAGUGAUGAAGCUUGGAUUACGCAUUUUACCACUGUUUUUUAUGAUUCCCAAGUUUUUAAGAUGGAAAAUUUUAAAUCUUCUUCAGCAGUAACCACACAAUUUCAAAUUAAUGUUGAGGAGAUGAAAAAGAUAAUUCUUUCGUUAAAGCAAGGAAAAUCCCCUGGUAUGGACAGCAUCUCAAUAGAUCUGCUGAGAUGAAAUGUGGAAUAGUGGGCCACUAAUCUUGUCCGGCUCUUUAACUCUAUUAAUCAUUUAGGCCUUGUACCUAAAUCAUGGAAUAACUCAAUAGUGGUGCCGAUUUUUUAAAAAGGUGAUAGGAAUUGCCAAGAGAAUUACAGGCCUAUUAGUUUGUUACCAUGCAUAAGUAAAAUCUAUGCCAAAUUUCUGCUUAUUAAACUGGAAGAAUCAAUGCUUACAAAAGGUAAGGAACAAGCUGGUUUCAAGACAGGUUCUUCAACUCUUGACCAGUGUCUAGUGUUAAGUCAUCUUGUAGACAAAUAUGUCUUGAGAAACAAACGAAGACUUUUUGUGGCAUUUGUAGAUUUUAAAAGUGCCUUUGAUUCGGUCGAUCGUAAUAAACUGUGGACCAAAUUAGAACACCUUAGUAUUGUCUCAUACCUGCUUACAUUGAUUCAAAGUUUACACUCCAAUAACCAAAUAUAUGUUAAAGUUUCAAAAGAUGGUAGAUUUGUAGGACCAAUUCUGAAUAACCGAGGAGUUAGGCAAGGCUGUAUCCUGGCUCCUACCCUAUUUAAUCUCUUUUUA